UUCAGAUGGAAUAUAACUGUAAAUUCACAGAGAAAAAUCUAGGUGUUUAGGCUGUAAUUAAGCUCUUGCUCUCUUCCACUCUUUGGGAAGCAUAUUGGUUAUAUAUGCAAGUAAAUUACCAGUAAUGGUGACAAGAAGGCAACAUUUAAACAGAUGCAUUUAAAAGCUGUUAAAAAAUAAAGAAUCUACACAAUAUAGACACAACCUAAACAUAUUCCAUGACAGCCAGAUAUAUGCCAAAUUAGUUUAUUUAAAAAUUGAUUCUGUUCAAAGUUUUAAACAGAAGAUUCUAUAUCAUGUUUGAUGAAAGUGUGAAAUACUGUUUACAGGUUAAACAUUAGAAAUGUUUAUCAGUGUUUGAAAUGGGCCUGAGCUGAUUAAUACAUCAGUGCAGAGUGAAGUAAUUUAGCCCUACAUUAUGGAGCGCUCAGAAUUUGACACAUUUUAUUAUUGAAGAUUGUGUCUUAGCAUUGCUUAAAUAAAUGUUUUUUUUUAAUUAUUUAAAUAUAUUUAAUGUAAAUAUAGGCCUACUAUAAUCAGUUUUGAUAUACAUUCUUGUCUACUCUGAUGUUUUAAACACGCUACGGUCAUUAAAAUGUGCUGCGAAAGCAUAGAAAAGGCACAGAAAAUAAUUUAAAUUUAUAGGUUAACACUAUUUGUAAUCUACAUGUGUAUACAUAUUUUACCCUUGUUUUCUUUUUUUCCAGAGGGAAUUAUAAAAUAAGCUAAAGACUUUCAUGUUUACUACAACUUAAUUAUUAAUCAUGUACCAGUGUUUUAUAGCAAAUGUAACCAAAAAAUGUCCCACAUUAUAUGUCCCAGGUUAUAAUUUUUUGCAUUGUCAGCGAUACCAGACGCACAUUCACACACACAAUGGAAACAUGAACAGCUAGACGUGCUAAUGAAACGUAAAAUACUACUGCUUUUACUACUGUUGAUGUUUGGUGCAGCCAUCUUGUGUUCUGAACUUGUGGGUUUAUUCCAGUUGAAAUGUUCUACUUAGAACUUGGAAAUUUCCAGUUCUGAAUUCCUACUUCAGAUGGAAUGCAGUAUAAGGAUUCACAUUAGAGCUCGACCCAACCUGCCCCAUACACUGUCAUUUUGAGCCAAAGCCCGAAUUAAACCUGACCUUUUUUGACCAACCCACUCGUUAGGACUCCCCCUAUCACUAGUAAUGCCCCAACACACCAGGAGGAUGAAGACUAGCACACUCUUUCUCUGAUACAUGUGAAGUCAGCCACCGCUUCUUUUCGAGCUGCUGCUGAUGCAGCAUUGCCAAGCAGCCAGCACAUUUGGAGGAAAGCGCAGCGGCAGGUGAACCGAGGAACCUGAGGAAAGUGGUGGGAAAUCUCGAGCCAGGUCAGACCUUGGGUUGGGUUUGGGCAGAGAACCUAAGCUCUUAUUCACAUAUUGAACUUUGUGUUAUUGUGUUCUCAGUGACAUGUUGAACUACACUGCCAGUUUGAGGGAAUGUCAUUGCCAUCCACUGCAAAGGAGGCAAAGGUGUGGGAAAGGGCAAUGGCAGUGAUCUGAAGGUGCGGAUCAUAGUGAAAAGAGAGCAGGUGUUCCAGUGUGUCUGUGCCACGCAGACGAACUGUAGGCUGUUCCCAGAUACUGAAAACAAUGCCGUGGUGAUCAGCUUUCAGGAAGGGCCAGUGGUUUGUGGUGAUGUUAAGGUCAUGUUUGAAUCCAGGGCUGGUCUUCCAAAGGGGUAUGAGGACUAUCCUUUCUAUUUCUGGUUCAACACUUCAUUUGUAGAGAACAACAGGCUCUAUCUGUCAAGGGAGGAACUGGACAACCCACGUAAGUCCAAAACCUGGGACAUCUACAAGGAGGCUCCCUGCUCUGCUCCCUGCUCUGCUCCCUGCUCUGCUCCCUGCUCUGCUCCCUGCUCUGCUCCCUGCUCUGCUCCCUGCUCUGCUCCCUGCUCUGCUCCCUGCUCUGCUCUCUACUACUCUGGUCUGCUGCUGUGCUGGUUUGCUGCUGUGCUGCUCUGCUGCUGAAAGCUUGCUGUAAUCUUCAGCUUCUACACUUUUCUCUGUUUUCUUCUCUUUUACUCUCUUCACACUUACUAAUCCACUUUUAGUCUGCUUCCUCUUUGCUCUACACACCUAUUAAUCCACUCUCAGUCUACUUUUAUAGACUUUUUCCUCAGGUUUGCUGGAUUAGCUGUUUGCUGCUGCAGUUUGUUUGUGUAAGUUUCUAAUUUCAACUGAAACAAGGUGAGUGCUUUUUUUCUCCAUGGCUUCUGCUCAGGUUUACACCUGUUUAGAGUGUGGCAUGUAUAGCUUAGAUCCCUUAUCCACCGAUACUGGUAACAAUAGUGGUAUUUGUACUAAGUGUGAGAUAGUUAGCUCCUUGGUGGAUAAGGUGAAUAAGUUAGAGCUGCACGUCCGGGGUUUAAUAAGGGAUAGACAGCAGGAUUCACUGUUAGCAGCCCCGGGUGUCUCAGGGAGAGUUAGUACCCCCUUGACUCCGGCCUUAGAGCCCUCACAGCGGGGCGAAUGGGUAACGUCUCGGCGGCAUAGUCGAAAGGCUAAGGCUAAUGCUACCGCAAAGGCCACAGCCAGCCCACCUGAACACCACGCUCCCCCAGUUCACGUGUCAAACAGGUUUGCCCCGCUCAGUGAAGCACCAACUGAGGAGCCUGUUAAAGGUACUCUGGUGAUAGGAGACUCUAUCGUCCGACACGUGAAAUUAGCUACUCCUUUAGGGGCACCAGCGGCAACAGUUACUUGUUUACCGGGAGCCAGAGCACCGGACAUUAGUGGCAACCUUAGGUUAGGGAAUAGGAGAUAUUCGAGGGUAGUAAUUCAUGUAGGGGCCAAUGAUAUUCGUCUGCGGCAGUCUGAAGUAACUAAGGCUAAUAUUAAAGAGGUGAUUAAACAGGCCCAGACGCUGUCCGAGGAGGUAAUCUGCUCUGGCCCCAUCCCAAUGAGGCGUGGUGAUGAAGCUUACAGCAGGCUUUCUUCGCUGAACCGCUGGAUGUCCAAGUGGUGUGCAGAAAAUCAUGUGGGCUUUAUAGAUAACUGGCUACACUUUGAGGGCAAGCCUGGUCUUUUAGGUAGGGAUGGUGUCCACCCCACGCGGGAGGGUGCUGCCUUACUUUCAUGCAGCAUAGCUCAUAGUCUUUUAGUUAGUCUGCAGAGUAGUAUUAGAAGCUGCUGACAAUCCAGAGCCG